GAGUUCAUACGUAACUGGGAAUGUUACGCAAGGGCACUUUAAUGUAGGUCUUCCUGUGGAGGUUUCAGAGAUCGCACACAGAUAAGAACUUAGAACAAACACCCACACAGUCACAGAGAGGGACAGAAGGGAGAAGGGGAGACUAGAGAUUCCUGCUAUUGGAUGCAGAUGUUGGAGAGGGUUUAAAGUAAGAGGAGACAAAACCAGAACAGCUCUGAGCAGCAGACACAAAGGACACACAUGAGAGAGUGACCAGGAUUCAAACACAAGGACUGUGGGCUGGACAAACAGGAAGGAGGUUUCACCCGUUGGAAUUUGUCACCCGGUCAAAAGUGAAUGUUCGACAAAGGAUUGGAAGGUGCAGCUGAGAGAGGAUCUCCCAGAGGAACAGGCACGCUGGUGUUGCUUGGCUGACUUUGCAGUUAAAUUUCAGCUUCUGCUUUUUGGCUUCUCUGUGUUGUGACCAAGUGUCAGCCAUGUCAGAGCAGGAAGAGAUGUCCUACAGCCAGUCCAUUCAGGAGGCCAGCAGCUCCAUCACUCGCUUCCCUCUCAUCCCGAUCAGAGGGGUUCCUCUCAUGAACCACAUCGCCAACAACUUUGACUCAAUCCAGGCUUUUAGUCCGGACCCCUCGGACAUCUUCAUCGCCACCUACCCCAAAGCAGGGACCACAUGGACCCAGGAGAUUGUUGACCUGCUUGUUCACAACGGAGAUGCUGAGCUCUGCAAACGAGCCCCGACACCUGUCCGCAGUCCUUUCCUGGAGAUCUUCUCCCCACCACCCAUUCCCUCAGGUCUUGAGCUUCUGACAAAAAUGGAUCCUCCGAGAAUUAUCAAGACACACCUUCCUUUUCAUUUGGUGCCUCCUGGAUUUUGGGAAAACAAGUGCAAAACGAUCUACGUGGCACGCAAUGCAAAAGACAAUAUGGUGAGCUACUUCUACUUUGACAAGAUGAAUAUGACCCAGCCGGAGCCGGGCCCUUGGGGCGGCUAUGUCCACAAGUUCAUGCGUGGAGAGUUGUCUUGGGGCUCCUGGUAUGACCAUGUGAAAGGAUACUGGGUGGAGAGAGAGAAGAGGAACAUCCUUUAUCUCUUCUUUGAGGACAUCAAAGAAAAUCCCCGGCGUGAAAUUGAGCGCAUCAUGAGGUACCUGGACCUGUCGCUCUCUGAUGAGGUCAUCAGUCGAAUUGUGGAGCUCACGUCCUUUAAGAACAUGAAGGAGAAUCCAAUGAGCAACUACACCUGCAUCCCGUCCAAUGUGUUCGACCAAUCUGUCUCCCCCUUCAUGAGAAAAGGUGAAGUGGGUGAUUGGAAAAACCAUUUCACACCCGAGCAAUUGAAGAUGUUUGACGAAGAUUAUGAAAAGCAAAUGAAGGACGUCGACAUACCAUUCAGGAGCCUCAUCUAAUGGAAUCUCACACGUUGAUGCAGCUUUGCAAACCAAAGAGCGAUGAACUGACACCGGGCAGCUCUCAUAAAGAAUACUACGAGAAAAUCUGAUGCAAGCUGAAAACCAAAACCACCGAUGAAAUACAAAUGUGAACCACUAAAAUACAUGAUGUGUAGAUGAAGAGGGAAUCCUUCUGUGAUGCGUGUGUGUGUAAAGGAUCAAUAAAUUUGUUCUCCACACUACAACUGCAUGAGUUUGUAAUCAUCACUUUAUUGCAUCUUAUCAAGUAAACAAUAUAUAAGACCAAAAGUGUUGUGACCGAGUGGACAUGCCCAUUUUUUCAUGAGACCUCCAAGAGUCCACUGACUGCAUGAAGCCUAAAGAGAGCGCCGGCAGCUGGAGGCACGUGGUGGUUCUGCUCGUAUGAAAUCAUCCUGCAACCCUACACCACACUGUACAGAGCCCAGCCAGAAGCAGGGAGGCUGCACAAGAGAUACGAGCGACAAAAAGACUAGAAUAAAA